AUGACAACGAGACUUAGAAACGCAAACCCUUGUGACGGCUGCGCCUUACGUCGUGUUAAAUGUGAAGAAGGAAAACCAUGUCACGAAUGUCGACUCAGAGGCAUCGAAUGCACCGCCUUGAGAACCCGUAAGAAGCGUGGGCCAAAGGGCGGACCUCGAAGCACAACCAAAGAAAAAGUCGAGAGAUUUCAACAGAGCAUCAAGGAGACUCAACCCUGUAUCAUUCAAGACGAUGAUCAGUCUCAUUCCGACCCUUCCAGCUCUGUACCUCUCCCGCCUUAUCGCUUACCACUCUCUAAAUAUCAACGUUUCCUCCAAAUCUCAAAACGACCAGUAUCUUCCAUUUGGAUGGUCAUCAACCCCGACCACCUAUUUACAAAAAUCUCAGACAAUCCCAACGACUACGAGUCUCAUGCUCUAGCGGCUGCACUGUGUGCUGCCACCAUAGCUCAACUAAGACUACCAGAACAUGCUGGCCCACGAAACGCCCCUUCAUCUCUUCAGUUUGCUACCGAGUGUCUUCAGCUAAGAGAGCUUUAUGAUUACCGAGAGAGCUACAGUCUGGCCUCUGCACUUAUACCUUUCUUUCUUCAUGUUUACCACUCCAAUGGCAAUAAGCUACGAACUGCUGGCCUAUUUCUGAGAGAAGCUGUGACGCAAGUUCAGCUCAUGCAACUUGGUUAUCCUGAGACGUAUUGCCAUCUUACUAAGCAGGAGCAAUCACUUCGACUUCGUAUAUACUGGCUUGUUCUCAUCACUGAGAGAACAUAUUCUGCACAGCAUGGUUUACAAGCGGUUCUGCAAGUCAUAGAUGUAUUCCCAGACACGCAAGAUGACAUGGCAGAUGAGCAACGAAUGCAAGCUUUCAUCUCCCUCACAAGACUCUUUGCAUAUCUCGAAAGUAACUUGACAACAAUUUCAUCAAACCAGCAGCCCCUUGAGAGGCAGAAGCUGGUAUCAUAUCAAGCCGCUCUAUGCCUAGACGCACACGACCACGCUGCUCGUGAAGCUCAACGGGUUGACUUAUUCGUCACCCGCCAAUGGAUCAGACUCAUUCUAUGGGAGUACACGGCUCGCCACUUUGCAAUGUCGUGUUACCCAGAUGACGAAGCUUUCUCUCUUUUCCUUCCAGUCAAAAUCGGCCACAAGAUGCUCUCACUUUUUUCAAUGGUGACAAAUUCUGCCAUCACAACCCACGGAUACGGCAUUGAACUUAAAGUAUUCCGAUUAGCAGAUGCAAUGCUUGAUAUCGUUGCGUGCACACCAUUUUCAGCUCAUGGAAGUAGUAUGCUUGUUGGUGCAGGAGAAAUCUUGUACUCGCUACAACACGUACUGCACUCUGUUGGAGGGCGAGACUCUGGUUUUCUACACAAAAUACAGAACCGAAUGUCACAACUGGAGUUGACAACUGGAUCAUGGCCAUAUCUUGCCAUAUCAGACACAGUGGAUGUGAUAGAGGAGAUAGAGAACGAUCAAGUCUUAUAA